AUGACGGCUAAUCAGACGGAAAUUCUUCCUGAUGAUCUACUCGGAGAGGUUUUAUUUGCUAUCACUCUGAUCUUGUCAUUGGUCGUAUGUACAGCUAACAGUUUGACCAUUGUUGUUAUCUGGCGUACGACAACUCUCCGGACGCUUGCCAAUUUAUAUGUGGUCAGCCUGGCUUCAGUGGACCUCCUUGUGGGACUCUUCCUGGUUCCGCUUUCCUUGUUUAUUCUUCCAUCCUCUCGGGUCCGCCUUUACUAUCGUCACAUUUAUUUGUGCGUCUUUAUCAACAGCUUCAACGUGGGCAUGAUCGCCAACUCACUGGCCCACUUGACCGUCAUCUCCGUAGACAGGUACCUGUACAUCGUCAAGCCUUACCUCUACCAGAGGCUCGUCAGCUUCCGCAGCGUCCUUUGCUGCAUUGCAGUGGCCUGGGUCGUCGGCCUGUGCUACAUGAUUCCUCCAUAUUUUGUCUUCCGCAAUAGCCCGAGUGCCAGCUAUUGUGAUGCCACCCAGCUUCUCCCCAGGUGGUACUUAUUCUACUUUACCUGGACAGGUUACUUCACGUCUGCUUGCAUUAUUUUGACCAUGUUCAUUAUCGUCCUUCGAACUGCUUACAAGCACCAGAGGCGUAUCCACGCUUGGAAAACAGUUUCGUCAUCAGCUCUGGACAUUGUGCAAGAGUUUAGGUUCGGGACAUUGUUUGUAUCCAAGAAAAGCAACCAUUGGAAGUGUAUGUUGAUCAAACAUGAAUAA